AUGAUUAGAAUAACUGAUGACAGAACCAAGGCAUUUAUUUUCCGGUUUGUCCAGAUGCUUCUUUCUAUUCUCCAAUUCUCGUUGGGAAUAGUAACUACCAUAUAUGCUGGCAACGCCGAUUGUGCCUUCAACAUUAUUACGGGCAUUUUCGGAAUGUCCUACUACACAGCCUUAUUGUUUCCUUACUUUGUUCGCCGCAUGUCGCCAGCCUAUAUCUUGGGCUCUGAAAUCUGGCUCACGGCAUGGUGGAUUAUGUCGCUAGGCAUUAUGGCGGCAGAUUAUGGACCCGAAAGUUGUGCCUUACUUCGUGGUAAGUACUUGACCGGAUGUGAAACAGGAAAGGCCCUUAUGGGCUUGGCAAUUAGUGGAUUAGUUGAGUCAUUGGCUACUCUUCUGUUAGUUCUGAUAAAGGUGAUCCACCCCAUGGUUUCGAAUAAAGUCUCGUUAUUGAACAAAGGAGUGUUCCAAUUAGGUGCAAUUUUCCCAACAGCUGAUAUCAAUUGGGUGACAGAUGCAGAAAAUGCUCAUGGUGCGGCCACGGUGGACUCUGAGGAGAAUAAGUCAUUCGGCAGCUAA